AAAUGAACAAGAGAGAAGAACAGAAGAACACAAACGUACCAGAAAAAAAUAAAUAAAAAUAUCAAUCUCUAUUGUUUCCUUCUCUUUGGAGCUUUAUAAUGGAUUCUGAUAUUUUCCUCUUGGCUUUGCUCCAUUAGCUUAAUCUUCUUCUUCUUCAGCCUUUGGGUUGUUAAAACGUCAUCUUUUUCUGAGCUUACGUCAUUUCUCCGGCGUGACACUUCAAAGCAGAUUCAAGAUCGAGUAACGCUUAACGAGAAAGAUUAGUCGUUGUUUCUUGAUAUUUUCAUCUUUUUGGGGUGAUUUAAAAAAUGGGGCAUUUCUCUUCGAUGUUCAGUGGGUUAGCUCGAUCAUUUUCUAUAAAGAAAGUGAAGAACAACAAUGGAAACAACGACGCAAAGGAGGCUGCUGAUGAGAUGGUGAACGAUGCGAAGAAGAAACAACUGAUUCUGAAAUCCUCUGGUUAUGUUAAUGCAGAAGGAUCUAAUAGCUCGGCUUCAGUUUUCUCCAAACGCGGCGAAAAAGGCGUUAACCAAGAUUGUGCUCUCGUUUGGGAGGGAUUUGGGUGCCAAGAAGAUAUGAUCUUCUGCGGUAUAUUCGAUGGACACGGUCCAUGGGGUCACUAUGUAGCCAAACAUGUAAGAAACUCAAUGCCUUCAUCACUUUUAUGCAACUGGCAAAAAAUUCUUGCUCAGAAAACACUAGAGCCCGACCUCGACCUCGAAGACUCUAAUAAGAAACAAUCAAGAUUCGAGAUAUGGAAGCAAUCCUAUCUCAAAACAUGUGCAAUGGUUGAUCAAGAACUUGAACAACACCGCAAGAUCGAUGCUUACUAUAGCGGCUCAACUUCUCUAACCAUUGUUAGACAGGGUGAAGUUAUUUAUAUAGCAAAUGUAGGCGAUUCAAGAGCGGUACUAGCCACGGUUUCGGAUGAGGGAAGCUUAGUUGCGGUUCAGCUCACCCUCGAUUUCAAACCGAAUCUACCACAGGAGGAGGAGCGGAUAAUCGGAUGCAAAGGGCGGGUAUUUUGUCUAAAAGAUGAGCCGGGAGUUCACCGUGUGUGGCAACCAGACGCAGAAACCCCGGGGCUCGCAAUGUCGAGAGCGUUCGGUGACUACUGUAUCAAAGAUUAUGGAUUGGUCUCAGUCCCUGAAGUCACUCAAAGACAUAUCUCUACUAAAGACCAUUUCAUCAUCUUGGCUAGUGAUGGGAUAUGGGAUGUGAUCUCUAACCAAGAGGCUGUAGAGAUCGUCUCCUCAACGGCUGAGCGGCCAAAGGCGGCUAAGCGGUUAGUACAGCAAGCGGUUCGAGCUUGGAAGAAAAAGAGACGAGGAAUCUCGAUGGACGAUAUGUCUGUGGUCUGCCUCUUUCUCCAUUCUUCUUCAUCUUCAUCUUUAUCACAACAUGUUCAUCAUGCCACCAGUUUGAAGUAAAAAACAUUGCUUUGUAAAUAGAUCAGAGAUAGCCUUACAUUUGUAUUCAUUUUGAAGUUCAACAAAAUGCGUUUUUUGGUCGCAGCCAUUAUGAGUUGAUUUAUUGUCUCA